AUGGCAUUUGGUCGCUCGACCGUGGCGUUCCUCGUCGCCACAUUCGGUGCAGCUGCUUCUCGCCCUAACCAGCCGGACAUGCACCGCUUCUAUAACCCUGAGGCAGGAACUUGCUGCCUGCUGGAGUACGACCGGAGGACUGGCUACAUGAAGCAAGAAGGGAAACCGAGCACACCGCCAGCAGGAUUCGAAAAACAGUCCGGUUUGGCAAAGUGUUCGUCGGACACGCGGUCCUUUCCAAAGAGGAGAUGCUGUCAUGUGCUGGCCGGGUAUGACGAGAGCGCGCCCGUGAUUUCUUUCUACGUGCUGAAGGCCACGGUGGUUACCAAGAUCAACAAUAAGGGAGAGGUUAGCAAGAUCAAGCCGCGGGUCACGAAGGACUACGUGGCAGGAGGUAAAGACGAAAAAGAACAUCAGUCGAUUGGAUGGCAGGACGUUUGGAAGUUUUUAGACGAGAUGAAGAAGAUGGACAAGCUCCCGAACAUGGAGUGCCUAGCUGAGUCCAUCGACGAGAUGUUGCAUGAUGAGAGGCCCUGCCACCUGUACCGGUAG